CAUUACAACGCAAUAGGCAAUUGAUCAAGAAAACAAAUAAUUAAAUGUCGUCUAAAGUUAGUUCUCCUUUUUGCUUGAUAGUGUUCUUCUUCCUCUUCUUAACCUUCACAUAUGCAACAAGACUUGGCCCUGUUUCUUCCCCUAUUAUCUCAACCAAUACUCAAUAUAAGGUUUUGGAAGAUGAAAAGGUGGACAUACAGGAAAAUUGUGAGGGUAUUAACGAAGAUGAUUGUUUGAUGAGAAGAACACUUGUAGCUCAUACAGAUUAUAUCUACACACAGAAGCAAAAUCCAUAGCUCUAAACAUCGUUUUCUACACGUUGUUGUCAUUUUUAUUUAUAACCAUAAGAUUUUAUAUGUUCCUUAAAAAAAUUAGUUUUCUUAAACAUAAUUAAUUUUUGA